UCCUGCCCAAUCAGACCAAGUUGUCGAGUUGUCACGCCUCCUCAUUAUCUGGGACCUCCCAGUUUUCAUCUUGGUCUUUCGCCCAUGAGGACGUGAUAUCUUGACUCUCUGUCAUUUGGAGCAGGUCAGACUAGAUUUUGCAGAUUCAUUGGUGGAUUCUUAAGAUUAGGAGAAUUAGUAGAGAUUAUUUUCCUUUCUGGAACUUCUGAACUAGUUUCCUUCCCUUCAGCGAUAGGGUAGGACUCCUCUCAAGGACUGGGGGGGGGGUGGCUCUUUCCCUUUUCCGAAUCCAGCAGUUUGCUGAAUCAUUACAAGAAUUCUUACUAAAAGAAGUGGGGAGAGUUUUCCUUGGUGCAGGUUAUAGGGGGAUUGCUUGUUUACCUUUCCAGUAAGCACGCAUGCUGUUCUUUUGUCUGGUGGCUGCCAUUUUAAAGCCUCAUGGCUUCUUCUAUGACCGGGCUCGGUCAGGGAUCCUUAUAGCGGCCGCCAUUUUGGAUCCGCGGAACACCUUUUUGACAAAAUUUUGAUUUGCUGCAACAUCUCUGAGGGGCUUGCUAGAGCGAGCGACGGGGGAAAUCCCUUUUGCUGACUUUCUUAUUUGCUUGUGACUGCCGCUGAAGAGGAGGGAGCCUCGCGGUGCGGCAGUGAGCAUUUUCGCGCCUAACAGCUGUUAGGUGCGAUUUCCAACUCAGUUCCCUGAAUAGGUAGAAAGCCUCGAAUUUAGCCCCAUUUGAUUUUAGCUACUUUGGACUGUAUUGGAGGCUCAGCUUAGUCUCCUCUUCCCGUUCCCUUCCCCCUCCCAUUCUCCCUCACGAAACCUAGAACAUCUGCCAUUUUGGGGACAUAUUUCCUCUGGGCAGUGACCAUUUCACACCCAGGCUAGGACGCCAUUUUGUGUGCAAAAAAAGGGCUUGUUUAGCAUAGUUCAUAGAACUUUCAUACAUUGACAUCAUUUGUAUUAAUUUCAUUUUGAGCCUUAGUGUUUCAGAAACUACCUCCCUAUUAAAGACAUCUGUUAUCACAAGACUGUGGAUUCAGCAGCGGCACCGGUCCUUCAGGCCUGAUCGCCAUAUUGCCUGUCUGCCCUUCUGCAUCUAGUGGCUGCUUCACGAUCCUGACCAUCGCCACUAUUGUAGGACACGUGUGAUUUCACCAAUCAUUGCAGAGUGACGGGCGCUUCUGCGCCAAGCGUGAGUUCAGGUUAGCCAGUGAGCCGACUCAGAACAAUCCACGUGAAGUCAGUCCCCCUUCACGGGGGUCUCUGACGUCCCUUGCAGACUGAGUCAGUCCCAAAGUCACCUUUGGGUUGCAUCUCGAUUGAAAUGGCAAAAAACACUGAGCCACAUCCUUUGGACAUGGACAUCACCCCCGUCCAAGCUGAGCUGGCACCAGAGGCAUCUUCAGGUAAGGCCAAAACCAAAUCUAAGCAUGGCAGGAGGGCUGGCACAGCAAGCGACAGGCAGGCCGACCGUACACACAGAACCCUGGAGAAGCAAUUCUCCCGGGCCCAGUGCUUGUCUGCUGAAAGAAGUCUUGAAGUUUUGAGCCCCCCACCACCUGACACGGGAGCGCCUCAACCGUCCACUUCGAGAGCUUGGUCGCCUGAGAGUGUGCAUCAGCAGGUCCUGACUCAGACCUUUGGUCAGGUAGGACCACCUGUAUUUGGGGAGGAUCUUAAUUUGCCCGGCCCAUCGGCAGCACACACCGCUGCUAUCGCACCACCUGCUGCGGGGUUAAGGCCUCCGCUAGAGCAGUCUUUCUCCGGCCAGCUCCAAGAGUGGAUAUCACAGGCUGUGUUCCAAGCCAUGGCAUCAGCGGGUCACCAGCAGACGUCUCCCAUUCCGGGGCCGCCUUCUGCACCAACAACUGCCACACGUCCUUCACUGGAUCGGUCAGGUAUGUUCUCCCCAUCCCAUUCUCCUGAUUCCGACUCUAAUGUUUCAGAUUAUGAGGGAGGUAAGGAAGGUUGGUCGGAUUGUGAGGAACCCACUUAUGAAUCUCAGCCUAUGUCAGAGCUGUUCAAUGCUUCGCUUUUUCCUGCCUUGCUGUGCAGAGCCUGUGAAGCAAGUAAGCUUUCCUCCCACCAGGUCCCAACCCCUCAACCUUCCUCUGAUCAGGAAACUCAUCCCCUGUUUGCUGAACCAGUAGACAAACACCUCCAAAUUCCCUGUCCCCUGUUAUUCCUCAAAAAUAUUCAGGGACAGUGGGAGUCACCUGCUGCUCAGCCGACUCAAGGUGCGACUGAGCGCAAAAUAGUAGACAUGACAAAGACUUUAGCAGAUCUCUUAGAGGUUCCAAAGAUAGAUGAAUCUCUGGCCCCACUAUUUUCAACUGCCAGUCUCCCGGCAGAUGUAUCGGAAGCCCUUAAGGCAGAAGAUAAAAAAUCCGAAAUGGCCUUGCGCAAGGCACAUUUGGCAUCUGCCUGGGCAUCUAAGGCAGCAACAGCCACUUCCUUCUUUGCAAGGAUCUCUAUUACUUGGCUUCGUCAGUUACAGGAAAGAAUUCCACUGGAAGAAACCAGGAUCCAUCAGGAUUUGACCAAAUUAUUAGCCACAUCCGAGUAUAUGGCGGAUGUCUCCCUGUAUUCAGCCAAACAUUCAGCCCGAGCAAUGGCUUCCAGCGUAGUCGCUAGGAGGCUUCUGUGGCUAAAAAACUGGAGAGCCGAAAGCAAACAUAAGUGGUGCACGACCACAGCCCCCUUCAUGGGCGGCAGAUUAUUUGGGGAGGCCCUAACGCCAUAUCAUUGAGAAUAAACACAAACAAAAAGUCAUUUCUCAUGUAGCAAGGAGAACUACCAGAUGGCUCCUCCCUUACAAUCGUCGACAGUCCUUUCGGACUGGGGCCGCAACAGAGUCUGCGCAACCAUCAGCUCCUAAGCCUGAGCGCUCAUUUGAUAGGGCAGGUUAUAGGGACAGAACCAGGUACCAGCCACAAACUAAACAUUCCUUUCGUGGCAGAGGGGGUCGCCCCUUCCGUUGCGGAAAAUGACUCAGAGGCAACCCCUCUCAUUGGCGGCAGACUCACUCUCUUCAUACACCAAUAGGAAAACACGACCACAGACUCCUGGGUUCUGCGCACUAUCAGAGAAGGCCUGUCCCUGGAGUUCAAAUCCAUGCCAUUAGAUCACUUUGUGUCUUGCCCAGCCAUGAGAAACCCUAUAAAAAGGGGCUCAUGGAAGACGCUAUCCAACACCUACUCACCAUCAAGGCAAUAGAGGAGGUUCCCCCGAACCAGGCGGGGCUGGGGUAUUACUCCAUCCUGUUUGUAGUCCCAAAAUCCUCUGGGGGAUGGAGGGCAAUUCUCGAUCUCAAAGGACUGAACCUCCACCUUCAAUACAAGAGGUUCAAAAUGCAAACAUUACAUUCCAUUUUAACCAGCAUCAGACGGGGAGAUCUAUUGACCUCAAUAGAUCUAAAGGAGGCAUACCUACACAUUCCUAUCCUCCCGGAUCAUCGCAGGUACCUGCGAUUCUGUUACGUCAACCGACACUUUCAAUAUAGAAUCCUUCCGUUCAGCCUCUCCUCAGCCCCCAGGGUCUUUACCAAAAUCCUGGCAGUAUUGGCAGCUCACUUAAGGCUGGUCCCAGUAUGGGUCCAGUGUUAUCUGGACGACAUCCUGAUCCAGUCCCUGUCAGUCUCAGCUGCCCAGUCAGAUUUGGCCUUCACCAUAAAGACCCUGUAGAACCACGGCUUCCUGAUAAAUUUCCAAAAGAGCCAGAUGACUCUACCCAACUGCUUCAUCUGGGAGCGGCGAUAGAUACAGACUUGUGCCUCAUGUACUUGUCAGAGGAGAGGCACAGGAGCAUCAGAGACCUGGCACGCAGGGUGAGCAGAGACAGGGCUGUGUCAUUGGCUACGCUUUCACAACUCCUGGGCAAGCUAAUAUCAUGCAUAGCAAUAAUGCCGUGGGCCUGGCUACAUGCCCGGGACCUGCAGUGGUUCCUGCUUCCAUAUCAGAGACAGCAUACCAGUACAUCCAAUCGGUUGGUCAGGGUUCCUCAUCAGGUACGUCUCUCACUCGGCUGGUGGACUUCAUCGGCUAUUCACAAGGGGACCCUGUUCAAGAAGCCCAAUCGAGUUCAGGUGACCACGGACACAAGUCUCUUUGGUUGGGGGGCACAUCUCCAAUCCCAGAUAGCUCAGGGUCGUUGGUCACAAACAGACCUCAAACACAGUAUAAACUGGUUAGAGCUCAGGGCAAUACAUCUAGCUGUCCAAAAAUUCACACUGUAGUCGGACCAGCAUGUACUGGUCUGAACAGACAACGUGGCUGCAAAAGCUCACGUGAAUCGGCAAGGGGGCACCCGGUCCAAAUCCCUCAUAAUGGAGGCUUGAGCAUUGAGGUCAUGGGCAGAGAAACACCUGCUCUCCAUCAGGGCCGAGCAUAUCUCGGGAGAGGCAAAUCGACAGGCAGACUUUCUUAGCAGGUUGAUAGUGGAUCAUUCAGAGUUGAUGUUACAUCCAGUUAUCUUCAGGGAGAUAUCGGACAGAUUUGGUCGUCUGAUCGUGGACCUGUUUGCCUCCCUGGGGAACGCUCAGCUGCCCAGAUUCUUUUCUCGGUUCCCCUCCUGGGGAGCAGAGGGGACAGAUGCGCUGCGCAGCAAGUGGCCACAAGGUCUGUUGUAUACCUUUCCUCCAUUGCCUCUGCUUCCAGCAGUAAUCAGGAAGAUUCUGGAGGAGCAGGUGGAAGUGGUCUUCAUCGUUCCUUACUGGCCCAGGAGGCAGUGAGUCUUUCAUACUCAGCCUCGUGGAGGAUUCCCGACAGCAUCUAGACCCCCAAUGGCUUCAAUUGACCACCUAGCACUUGAACGCCGCACCUUGAUUAGGGAGUCUUAUUCGGAGGAGAUGAUCGCUAUGAUCCAGGUGGCCAGGAGGCUGACAACGAACCGUAUUUAUGACCAUGUGUGGAAGACUCUGUCACUGGUGCGACAAGAAUCAUCAUCAUAGUGAGAUCAAAGAAUGUCAGGGAACUUCAACUGCAGUAGCAAGCAGUGAUGAAUCUCAUACUUCUACUCCAGGAAAAAUGAGCCAGCGUCACGGGAAAGAAGGGUAUCUUACUCCAACCAAAGAAUUACACCAACUUUCUUUCAGUCUAGGCCAAGGCCAUGGUUUUGAUAGAGGGAAAGAUGAUGCUUCGCAAAAUAAAGAUGAUCCUUCACAAUCAAUGUCAAAAAGUAAGUCAGAAUCUAAGAUAUAUAAUGGAUCAGAAAAGGACAUCCCUGCUUCCUCUCCCACUACCAAACUCACAAAGAAGGAGUCCCUUAAGGUUCAAAAGAAAAAUUACAGGGAAGAAAAGAAAAGAGCCACUAAAGAAUUACUCAGCACUAUCACAGACCCAUCAGACAUUGUUAUGGCUGAUUGGCUGAAGAUUCGUGGUACAUUGAAAAGUUGGACCAAACUUUGGUGCGUGUUGAAACCAGGAGUAUUGCUAAUUUAUAAAACACCUAAAAAUGGCCAGUGGGUGGGAACAGUACUUCUGAAUGCUUGUGAACUCAUUGAGCGGCCUUCCAAAAAGGAUGGAUUCUGUUUCAAACUUUUCCAUCCUUUGGAACAGUCUAUCUGGGCUGUUAAGGGUCCUAAAGGUGAAGCUGUUGGCUCUAUAACACAGCCAUUACCCGGUAGUUAUUUAAUCAUUCGAGCAGCUUCAGAAUCAGAUGGUAGAUGUUGGAUGGAUGCAUUGGAGCUAGCUUUAAAGUGUUCAAGUUUGCUCAAGCGUACAAUGAUUAGAGAAGGUAAAGAACAUGAACUGAAUUUAGCAGAUAGUACACAUGUUUCAUUCUACGGUCUGCUGCGUGCAAACAACGUUCACAGCACUGAAAGUUUCCCGUUAAAUGACAGUGAAAUUGAAAGACAUUUUAAAGAUUCAGAUAUGUACUCUGAUAAAUCAGAUAGAGAAAACGACCAUGAUCGUGAUGAGUCAGAUAAUGAUGGUUUGGUAGAAAGUGACACAGAUACAUCAGAGAGACAGGAUGAUUCAUAUAUUGAUCCUGAACCUGAUCAUGUAAAGGAAACAAUUUACAUAGAAGAAGGCAGUGAAGAACUGGGGGAGGCAGGAGAAGCUUCUCAAACAGAAAUAGUUUCAGAAGAAAAUAAGAGUUUGAUCUGGACGUUGUUGAAACAAGUACGCCCUGGAAUGGAUCUCUCCAAAGUGGUACUACCUACAUUUAUAUUGGAAACACGUUCUUUCUUGGAUAAACUCUCUGAUUACUACUAUCACGCAGACUUCUUAUCUGAAGCUGCCCUUGAAGAGAAUGCUUACAAUCGAAUGAAAAAAGUUGUGAAGUGGUACUUGUCAGGAUUCUACAAAAAACCAAAAGGACUUAAAAAACCUUACAAUCCUAUACUUGGUGAGACUUUUCGUUGUUUGUGGAUUCAUCCAAAAACAAAUAGCAAAACUUUUUAUAUUGCUGAACAGGUGUCUCAUCAUCCUCCAAUAUCUGCCUUCUAUGUAAGCAAUCGAAAAGAUGGGUUUUGCCUUAGUGCUAAUAUUUUGGCCAAAUCCAAGUUUUAUGGAAAUUCAUUAUCUGCCAUUCUGGAUGGUGAAGGCCGACUGAUGUUCCUAAACAGAGGAGAAGACUAUGUAAUGACUAUGCCAUAUGCACACUGUAAAGGGAUUCUAUACGGCACAAUGACUUUGGAACUUGGGGGAACUGUUAGCAUCACAUGUGAGAAAACUGGCUACAGUGCAGUCCUUGAAUUCAAGCUAAAGCCAUUUUUGGGGAACAAUGAAAAUGUUAAUCAAAUAAUGGGGAAAAUUAAACUGGGAAAAGAAGUUCUAGCCACUCUAGAAGGCCAUUGGGACAGUGAAGUUAUUAUUAGGGAUAAGAAAACAGAUGCUUCAGAGACAUUCUGGAAUCCAACACCUGAGAUCAGACAGCACAGAUUAAGAAGAUACACAGUGAAGUUUGAGGAACAAGGUGACUUUGAAUCAGAAAAACUUUGGCAACAUGUGACUCGAGCUAUAAAUAAUAAAGACCAAAUAGAAGCAACUCAAGAAAAAUAUAUUCUGGAAGAAGCUCAAAGGAAAGCUGCCAAGGAAAGGAAGGCACUAGAUGAAGUGUGGGUCUGCAGACUAUUUGAGCCAGAUCCACUUACAGGAGAAUGGAAUUACAGAUAUGCAGAUACAAGACCAUGGGAUCCACUGAAUGACAUGAUACAGUUUGAAAAAGAUGGCAUUAUUCAAACCAAAGUGAGACAUCGGACACCAAUGGUUACUGUUGCAAAAAUAAAACGGUCUGCUAAGUCUAAGAAAGAAGAAUGUGGCUUCUCCUCACCAGAGCCUGAUAAUCCAGACUCAUCAGGAAGUGAAGCACAACUCAAACAUAACACAAGAAUCCGAAAGAAAACAGUAGAUCUUGCUGAACUGCAAAGUGCCAUUGAAUCUAUAAAGUUAACACAGGAAGAUAUUCGGAGGGACAUUACAGCAUUAAGAACACGAAUGACUUCAAGUUUGCCAACGCCAGAUAAUAACUUCUUUCAAUUCAAGCACUAUGUCUUCAUUUUGCUGAUGGUUCUUCUGCAACUUAUAAUCAAUUACUUAUUCAAAUAGAAUAUCUGGACAGAAGAAUAUCUAUGAAAUAGAAUUAUUACAGGAUUAUUAUCUUCAUGGGACCAUCUUUAAAGCUUGGUUUGGCUUCAAAUAAGGCAAUAUUAUCUAGGGGCCCAGAAGAUUCAGACCUUUGACUCAAAAGAUUGGACUCAUAUGGAAAAUAGUUUAUUAUUCCAUCCUAGCCAGAUGACAUGGACAAUGCUUAUGUGCCAGUACUUCCUCUUCACAUCUUCCAAAUGCUGGAUAACUGCCUUGCAUGUUCUAAGGUGUCAUAAACUAUUAUAAAUACCAGUAUAGUAUAUACCAGUUUGGAAUUUGAGGACCCUGUUUUGUUAUAAUCAAUCCCUAUUGGACAUGCUAGCAAAAGAAGUAAAUUUUGACCUAAGACUUUUCUUCCUAAGUUUAAUCAACCUUACUUCAAUAAGAAAAUAAUGCCAAGGGAUAACUGCAGAAAAAUUAAACUACUCAGCUGUUCGUGGUCAUUAAGAACAUGUGAGCUAUUAAUCAUCAACAUCACAUUAACUGCAUCAAUUUUCAGGGAUAGUUAAUGACAGUUUUUCCCUUAGUUUGUAACAGUGGAUCUUUGCUAAUAGUAUUAGUCAGUUUAAGAGAAAAAACAUCUCAGCUGUCCAGAGAAGUAAACAACUUUUGUGCCAAGCAGUAUUUUGAUUCCUUUCUUCCCAAAUUGAAACUCUUAUUGACUGUUACUGUUUAUUUAACUUUAGGGAUGCUAAUAAUGAGAUGCAGAGGAAUAGAAACUACAUUAUUUAGACAAUGUAAAAAAGAAAGCUAUUUUAAGUUAAUCAUAAAAUUCUUAGGAUUUACAUAUAAGAUCCUAUCUGUAUUUUAAAAGUAUGUUAAUAUUUGUUUUGUCCUUUCACGUUACAUAAUUUGAACAUAACUGCAUCUGAAUAUUUAUACUGUAAAAAUAAAUUUUGGGUAGCAACAUUUUAGUUCCAAGAAUAAGUGACUCUGGAAAGUUCAUCUGCUACUCAGUUCCUGUUUAAGAAAUAUUUGGCUUUAAAUGGUUCAGAAUAUAGCACAUUUACCCUUACUUUCUGUAUGCUAAAAUAUUGAGCUGUUUUACUGAGUCUCUGUAAGUAAAUUCAGCAAAUCUGGAUUGGGCUGCAUUAAAUUUAAAAAGAUAGAUCAAAUUACAACUACAUUACUCCCACUAUUCUAUUUUUUUAUAUUUUACAUAGUAUUUACUGAAUACUUAUAGUCAAUUUACAGAACAGCAAGAAGCAUAUAUCUUACAUGAUUUAUAUAUUUAUAGCAAAUAUAAAGUUUUCAUUUAGAGAUACAUAAUUUACAUUUGGUCAGUUCAGGAUUCUAGUACAUCCAUCCCAAACCUACCUGUUUUAAAGAUGUUGGAAUACUUCAAAAUGGAGUUUUAUAACAUCUGGGAAUUACUUUUCCAACAUCUUCUGAGAAUACCAGAAUGAAAAAAGUAGCUGUAGCCCACAGUUACAGUUUCCUGCCUGCCUUAAAUUAUUAUGUUUUAAAAGUGCUACAGUUUAGAAUGAAAAAUGUAUUACAAUUGGAGUAAACUGGUUGAAUGCAGCCAUAAUUCAGAUGCUUUAUAAAUUGAUUGAAAUGCAGUUACUGGUAUGUAUGAUUUUAUAAAAGAAUAGCAUAAAGUACAAAUACAUAUGUUCUGAUUUAUAUUUAUUUAUAUGCAUUUGGAGCAACUACCUAUCUGUACAUAAAUGUUCAGUGAUUGUAACUGUUGGAUUUAUUUGGUUUCCACUGUUUUGAUUGUGUCUCCUAAUAUAAAUACCAUAUUACAUCUAUUUCUGUGUGCUAAUAUGUCUUCAGUUAUAGCUGAACUAUUAUUCAGAUGCUUUCUUUUAAACAUUUCUCUUCUAAUUUCCCAAAUCAGUUACAUUUUCAGUUACAUUGUUCGUAUUACUGGAGUCUAAAGCACUCCUGUGUCAAGCACAGCUUAAAAGUUUAACAUUUUUUUUGCAUCUUCAAGUAAGUUCCUGAUGUGAACUGAGGAAUCUGUUGCCUAACUACUUUUUGUACAAUAUGUCUGGUUAUAACCCAGUCAAUACAAUGUUUAUAUGAUAUUUAGUUUUAUGAAUAUGAUUCUACAUUCUUUCAUCUAGAUUUUUUCCUGCAUAUACUAAUAAGGAAACUGUGACCUGAAAGUUUGUAGACCUCUAAGGCAAUAGUUUCCUUAUGACGUUUAGUACUUAAAAGUAAAAAAUAAUCAGAAUUGUGUGUUGACUUGUUUGUGUGUUUGUUUAAAAGAAAUGCACUAUUAGCCUUCAAUGUGCCAUGUAAUCAUCAAUAUAACUACAAUGAAAUAUGUUGUGUAAAAUAAUAAGUACACUACUUGCAAUAUAUAAUUCUUGUAUCCUACGCUGGGCUGCUUUUUAACUUUUAGUUAUCGCUUAAGAGUAUAAUAUACUCAUUUUUCAUGAAAAAGUUUCUUUUGACAACUAUUCUGUAAAAUAUAUCAAAUGAUUUUACAGCUCACUGCCCUCCUGUGCCUUCAGGAAGAUCUUCUUGCCAACUCAACAUUAAUGAAAUGGGAUGAGAGUAAAAGUUGUUUUAUUCACCAUGAUGUUAUUUCUUGUCUGGAUGGAUGUUUCUUCUUUAAAUUUUUAAUGCUAUUAUAUAUAUAUAGGAUACCUAACUGUGAACUAAGUGAUUACUGUGUUUCUUUCCUAAUUUUUUGGGCAUCUUUUGAGAGUGGGUGAUAAGAUACUUGAUUUAUAACAGUGCCUUGAUGGAGUUCGCACAGCAAUGAGGUAUGUAUAUAUAAGUAUAUUUUCAAAGUUGUACCAUAUCUAUUCAGAAAUGUUGUGGUAUCUGUUACUUUCAAUUUUAAUUUGGGGAAAAUGUAAAAGGAUGUAUAAUUACAGACAAAUACAUCAGUUUUUUUUCUUUUGAUAACUAUGAAGGACCCAAUAUUGGAGUACAUAUUCUUGUACAAUGAAACUGCAAUGUUGUUUGUUAAUAUUAAAAAAUAGCCAUAAUAAAAUUCUAACCACUGACAACCAGCUUCAUUUUUUUUGUUUUAACAAAGUGUAGAUUUCUGAGCAAAAUGACUUGAGGAUUAAAAUAAAAAUAUGUACAAUGUUUCAAUGGGAAAGACCUGUUCUAAUAUUUCCUUGUAUAGAUUAAGUAUCCACUUGUGUAAUGAUGUAAAUCUUGGCUAUUUAAAUGAGUAGCCUUCCACCCUUCUUGAAAUCUUCAUUUUUUUCCCCUAGUUUCUGGAAUAAACUUGUUAGCAUUUUUAAUUCUCUUGCCCUUUUUAUUUUAACACUCUGGAGUUUUAUACUGCUUUACAUUUUUUAAAUUGAAAAUAGGCUGUUGUAUGUUAAGGACCAGUGUUUAAUCCAAUGCAUAUAAUACAUGUAAUGAAAAAAAUAUGAAAACAUUUACUCAUAUGUAUGUAUGCAGGAAACUCCUAUUUCUGUAAGUUUCCUAUUUUUGCCUAUCAUGUAAAAUACCAUUAUUAUCGCACUGUUUUCUUUGCAAAUCAUGCUGCAUGCAGUGUGAUGGAGGAAAUUAAUUCCUUUGAAUGUACUGUGUGUUUCAUGCAUAAUUAUAUAGCUGAGUUCAAAAAUUUGUUUAGAAGUAUAUUUGUAAAUUUAAAAUUCUACCACUGGUCAGUAGUUUUGUACAAUUAUAGAAUAAAAAGCUGUAAUCAAUAAUAA